AUGUCCAAGGACCAAGGAACGCGGCAAGUCGCUCGUCUAUUUGGUCCGUCUGCGUCUGGUUCCUGGAUGCUGAAUCGAGCCACAACCACACGCACAACCGGGUCCCAAGCCCAAGGGCCCCAGAAAUCCGCCGCUCCUCCUGACGAAGCACUCGUGGAUGCGGAAGAUUCUGCAAACAUGUCCCAAUACAUGUACACCAGCUUCGCCCCCGUCCCUCCCAUUCUUUCUCGCAUCGAGUCGACCAGGCCAAAGACUGCGACUGCAACCUUGACAAACAAGAGCAAACAACAACAACAACCACACACGGCGGUUGGUGCUAGUGCUGCAACUACAGAUACUACUACCACCACUACCACCACUACUACUCCUGCAUCUGCCUCUACAACUCUGUCAACAACAUCAACAAAACCCCCCGCUGCCGCCCACGCCGCCGCCGCACCACCUACCCCGUCUUCCUCUUCUUCGUCCUUCUUCUCAAAGGCCAACCCGGCGGAUUCUUCGCGCAUACCGUCGCGCCAACCAUCAUCAAACAGUUCUUACUUUGGACAGCAGCAGCAGCAGCAGCACCACCACCACCACCACCCCGCAACCCGUCUCAAGCACAUCCGCACAUCGUCAUCGUCCUCGGCGUCACGCUCCUCGCACGAGACCUCACUCACACCCACGUCAACGACCCUCUCGACUGCGUCGCCCAUCGACCCGCGCGAUCUUACCUCGCCAGCGUCUCCAAAGAAGCACAAGCAUCACCACUCGCUACAAGAGACACGCGCUGGUGCCGACCGCACUCGCAUCCGGGUGCCGGCGCGCCUUCGCAAGGAAAGCGGCACCUUAAGCUCCUACGCGAGACACCCGCUUGUACCGCCUACACCAUCUCACAUCGGUCUCACUCCGAAUGAGCUAAAACAUGUCGCCAUGCUCGUCGACACGGACACAUCGGGCCGUCAUCUCACUGCCGGCAAGGCCGGUGCAAUUCCUUUUUCCCGUACCGACAGUCUUUCGUCGGCGGCUCCUUCAACCGCCUCCAUGUCGACCCGCACAAUGACGUCCUCCGACCCCACGACAAACUCGUUCGAUGCCUCUCGCCCUUACUGCUUGCGCAAUGGCCGCACAUAUCUGUCAGAUCCGUCAUUAGCAUACCCCUUGCCUGUUGACCUGAGCGAGAUCCAUCGCCAGUCAUUGCGCACACUGCUGCUCAUCCAGUUGUUUGGCUCGCCAAUCUGCUCCACAGCAUUUGCUAGCAAGCCGCCUGGUCGUGUCCUCGAAGUCGCCUGCGGUUCCGGAUUCUGGAGUCAGUCGUGUCACCGGUAUUUCGCGCAACGAGGCCACCCAGAUAUCCACUUCACUGGCAUGGACAUUGGCCCAAUGGGGCAGCAUGCGGGGGACGUAUCUCGCGACAUGAAAUGGCGAUUCAUGCAGCACGACAUUCGCAACUUUCCGUGGCCCUUUGCCGAUGGCGAAUUCGACUUGGUCAUGGUCAAGGAUCUGAGUCUGGUUGUGACGUCGCCGCACGCACUGCAGAACGCCAUUGAAGAAUAUCAUCGCAUUCUUCGCCCCGGUGGCACUGUGGAAUUCUGGGAUAGCGACCACCAGAUCCGCAUGUUGCGGCCCCACGCCGCGCCACAGUCUGGCAACACCGAAGACACAGCCACCGUCGCCUCGCUCGGCGCGUAUCCCAUUUCGGCAAAGACCCCUUUGAGCGCGCCGCUGAACAACUUCCUCGUCGAGUACAACAGUUGGGUUCACCGUGCACUCGAGUCCCGCAAUCUGAGUCCCGUGCCUUGCACUCUCAUCGGUCCUAUGCUCAUCCAGGAAUCCGAGGAGCUGACUGACAUACAAAGCAAGCGCCUGGCGAUCCCACUUUCUGAAGUUCGCUGGGAGCGCGAGGGCGUCGGCGGUGUCGUGACCAAGGACGGCAAGUCGUUCAUCAACUCUGGCAAGGGCAAGGGCAAAGACAAACCGGACGAGCAGAAGAAGACGUUGACCGAGGCCCAGGCGGCGCUCCGCCGCACGGCCUUGAUGACCGUCGUACAGCAGAUCCAGAGCCUGGAGCCGAUCUUGCGCGAGGUCAGCGGCAAGAGCCAGGACGAAUGGGACGGCUGGCUAGGCAAGAUGAUGAACGACCUCAUGAGGGAGAACGGUACGAGUUGGGGAGAGUGUCUGGAGGUCGGUGCAUGGUGGGCACGCAAGAGGGAGCGAUGA